GUUUAAGAACGAAGUGAUCUCGAUUGCUAGACUACGACAUAGGAACCUUGUUUGAUUAUUGGGAUGCUGCUUGGAAGAGCAUGAAAAACUCUUGAGAUAUGAAUACAUGCCCAACAAAAGCCUGGAUGUCUUCCUUUUUGGUUCAACUAUGGGGCAAUCUUUAGACUGGAAGAUGCGCAUGAACAUCACCUUUGGAAUAGCUCGGGGGCUUCUAUAUCUACAUGAGGAUUCUCGCCUAAGAAUUAUCCAUAGGAAUCUGAAAGCUAGUAAUCUUUUACUAGAUGGCGAGAUGAAUCCAAAAAUAUCUGAUUUCGGAAUGGCAAGGAUCUUUGGUGUAAAUCAAGAUGAGGCCAACACGAAUAGGGUUGUUGGAACAUAUGGAUACAUGGCACCGGAAUAUGCGAUGCAAGGACUAUUUUCUGUUAAAUUAGAUGUCUUCAGUUUUGGAGUUCUCUUGCUAGAGAUGAUAAGUGGGCGAAAGAAUAACGGUUUUCAUAUCCAAGAGCACGGUGAAAGCCUUCUCACCCUUACAUGGAAGUUGUGGUCCGAAGGUCGAAGUUUGGAACUUACCGAUCCAUCAAUCAAAGAGUCAUGUGAUGCAGUUCAAGUGGUAAAGUGCAUACACAUCGGUCUAUUGUGCGUUCAAGAAGACCCAAUAGAUCGACGAACCAUGUCGCAUGUGGUUCAUAUGCUAGGAGCCGAUACUAUCCCACUUAUCCGACCAUCUUUGCCUGCAUUCUCAGUUGGGAGAAAUGUGAGAACACUCAAUCCUAUCAAUCUAAUUCACAAAACUUCCACUGUUAAUGAAGUGACCCUUUCAGAUGUUUCUCCUAGGUGA